GGAAAAUUUUAGUUAAAUCUAUUGAUUCUCUUCCUGAUGGAACAAUCAUUGUCCGCAUCAUGAGAGAAAUGGAUAAAAACGAUCAAAAAAUAUUUUAUGAUCCAAUUUUAUCAUUGCGCUUUAUUCAUCCUAAUGGAAGUGUGACUGAAAUAAAUAAUAAAUAUGGGAUACCUGAUUAUAAUUUUCAUUAUCCUAUUUAUCAUACAGAAAAUAAUGGAUAUAAAUCUGAUGAUAAAUUCAAUCCACUGGACUUUUAUCCACUAUAUGAUAACUAUAUUCUGGUAGUAUAUUCAACUGCCAGUGAUUGGACUGAUAAUGAGACACUUGUAGAUCGGGAAUGA